AUGUCAUCUAAUCAAGCGAACCUCAAUCGUUCUAACAAACGCCAUCAGACUUCUUUUCAAAACAAUUAUGAGGGUGCCUCCCUAUCUCAGAAAGAUCGCACUCCUAUUUCUCAAAGCUCAAACUCUCGACCUACUGGUAAAGACGGAAAUGACAUUCAAAAGCAGCCACGCUCGGUGUUGACUGAAUAUCCUCAAUUCACCCAGUCAUCCUCCAAGGCAGAUAUGCAAGCGCCCGAGAGUCGAAAGCCUCCGGAAUCGUCGUUUCACCACAAGCGUACUAUCAGUCACGAAGUACAUGGGGCGUUAUAUAUUCCUUCAGGCAUCGAGAGUUUCCUUGACCUGACCACUGGGACUCAAUCAAACUUGAAUGAUAUCAAUCCUAAAGCUCAAACAUCGUGUCCUUUGCCUCUGUUCCUCCCCGAAUGCCCUCUUUCUGAUCCCUUCACCGAGCCGCCAUAUUCACCAGACUUGGAACCAUUGAAAAAUUACGAAUGCGGCUCUCCGAGUGCUGGUGAAAAGUCAUUUCGCUCUUCUCCUCAUAUACCUGAGGCUACUCAUUCCAACAACGCAUUCAAAGAGGCCCGCCAGGCGCGACCCCAAUUGGAAAGUCUUGAGCCGUUAAUCCUUGACCUUGAUGACGAUUUCAUUGCUUUUGCACCCGCUCCUAAAACCUCUACCGCCAUCAUUCAUGAACAUUCAGACUCUUCUUUCAAUCCACAAAUCAAAGCUAUUGUUCCUUUUCCUAUCAAAACCAACCUACUUGGUCCGGACCGCAAAGCAAUCAAAGAAGGAAAAAAGAGGGCAAGAUCACCUUUGGAAGAUGGAAAAGAAGACGAGGAGAUAUUGAACUUACCUAACAAGAAAUUGCAGACAAAGAUUGAUUUCCCUACAAAAAAUGGUCAAAACUCACCAGUUAAAAUUCCGGACGAUUACCUAGAUCAUAAUCCUUCUGAAGAAUUAGAAAUUGCGAUGAUAGGUACAACUUGUGCAGUUGAUCCUAAAUACAUUUAUCGUCUUAGAGCUAUCUUCAUGUUAUUUAUUCAACAAACGUCUAAUCUUUUUAAUGAAUUCAGUCCUUGCCCACAACAAGAGUUAAAUUCAAGACGAUUGUUUCAUAAAUCAAUUCGUGAUACAUAUCAGAACCUUGUGAAACCAUUAAAUCUAACUCCUUCCGAUUCUCUUCCUCAUCCUGAAUUUGUAAAUCGUCCUUUUCGCAAGUCUGAUUCUCAACCUCCUCAAGAUUAA